GGACAGGAAAGACCUCAACCUUGGUCAAGUACGCGGAGAAGUUUGCUGAUCUGAAUUUACUUUACGUGGCCUUUAACAAAGCUGUUGCAGAGAGGGGAAGAAGCGUCUUCCCCAGAAACGUUACAUGCAAGACUUUCCAUUCGUUGGCCUUUGGAAGUGUCGGCAAACACUAUAAAGAAAAAGGCAAGCUGAACUUCUCCAAGAUGUCGGUUUACGCCAUCAGUUUCCUUCUCCGGAACCGCGAGGGACAAUCUUUGUUCAUAAGAGCAAAAACAGUCUCGCAGACCCUUGAAAACUUUUUUGCCUCUGCAGACGGAGAGAUCUGUGAAGAGCACACUCCUAUUUGGUUCAAAAACACUCAUGGCGAGCGAAAACUUGUCAGUCAAGUAGAAAAGAAGAUCAAUGUGGAGGAGGCGAGAGAGAUAUGGCACAACAUGAAGAAGCUGGAUGGAGAUGUAGAGAAGAAGUACAAGAUGACUUGUGAUGGGUAUUUGAAACUUUGGCAGCUCAGCAAGCCUCAGCUCUCGGGGUAUGAUGCCAUUUUUGUCGAUGAAGCACAGGACUGCACUCCAGCCAUCAUAGAUAUUGUCCUGUCGCAGACGUGUGGCAUAGUCCUUGUAGGAGACCCUCACCAGCAGAUCUAUACCUUCCGAGGCGCUGUCAAUACCCUCUACUCGGUGCCUCACACCCAUGUCUACUACCUCACCCAGAGUUUCAGAUUUGGUCCCGAAAUAGCUUACGUUGGAGCAACCAUUCUGGAUGUCUGCAAGGGGAUCAGGAAUAAGACAUUAGUGGGUGGAAACCAAAAGGGUGAUGUGAGAGGCAGCAUGGAAGGGAAGAUCACAGUCUUGUCACGAAGCAAUUUUAACGUGUUCGAGGACGCCGUGAAACUUACUGGAAGAGAGAGGCUGACUAAAAUACACGUGAUCGGGGGGCUUGCCCGUUUUGGCCUGAGCAGGAUUUAUGAUAUCUGGAAACUCAGUCAACCCGCAGAGGAACGGAAGAAAGCAAACCUCGUUAUAAACGACUCCUUUAUCAAAAAGUGGGAAGAAACUCAGGGCUUCCUGGGUUUAAAGGAAUACGCGGAGCGCAUCGAUGACAAAGACCUGGAAGUGAAGAUUGCGAUCGUGGAGAAAUACAGAGAGCGGAUCCCUGGGCUGGUGCAGAAGAUUGAGAGCAGCCACGUGUCACACGAAGCCAUGGCAGAUUACGUGAUAGGUACUGUCCACCAAGCCAAAGGCCUGGAGUUUGACACGGUGCUGAUUGCAGAUGACUUUGUGAGCGUCCCGUGUCUCAGGGGUGACAACCAGAGAAGACCCAACUUCAGUAUCG